AUGGGGCUGCGCGUGAGGUUUGUGCCAAUGAAGGGAAACUGCUGCGCCCAUUGUUCUCUCCUCACAUUUGUACUAGUUACCGGCCAACACCCUCCGAAGAACAAGCGUCCAAAGGAGCCAGGAGAGAACAGAAUCAAGCCCACCAACAAAAAGGUGAAGCCCAAGAUUCCCAAGACAAAGGACAGGGACUCGGCUGAUGACUCAGCGCCAAAGAAUCAGUCUAUCAUGGUGCAGAUGACGGAGAAAGGGCGCUUCCAGAAGCCCGCUGCCACCCUGAGCCUGGCGGCGGGGCAGACCCUGGAGCUCCGGUGUAAAGGGAAUAAAAUUGGAUGGAGCUACCCCCCAUACCUGGACACCUUCAAGGACUCCCGCCUCAGUGUGAAGCAGCAUGAGCGCUACAGCCAGCUGACCCUGGUCAACUCCACCGCGGCCGACACCGGCGAGUUCAGCUGCUGGGGGCAGCUCUGCACCGGCUACAUCUGCACGAAGGACGAGACCAAAACCGGCUCCACCUACAUCUUUUUUACAGAGAAAGGAGAACUCUUUGUACCUUCUCCCAGUUACUUUGAUGUUGUCUACCUGAACCCGGACAGACAGGCUGUGGUUCCUUGUCGAGUGACUGUCCUGUCAGCCAAAGUCACGCUCCACAGGGAGUUCCCGGCCAAGGAAAUCCCGGCCAAUGGAACAGACAUUGUUUAUGACAUGAAGAGAGGCUUUGUAUACCUGCAACCUCAUUCUGACCACCAGGGGGUGGUCUACUGUAAGGCGGAGGCCGGGGGCAAGUCGCAGAUCUCUGUCAAGUAUCAACUCCUCUACGCAGAAGUUCCCAGCGGCCCUCCAUCCACAACCAUCCUGGCAUCUUCAAACAGAGUGAACAGUGGGGACGACAUCAGUGUCCUCUGCACUGUCCUCGGGGAGCCUGACGUCGAGGUGGAGUUCAGGUGGAUCUACCCAGGCCAGAAGGAUGAAAGGCCCGUGACGAUCCAGGACACCUGGAGGCUGAUCCACAGAGGCCUGGGCCACACCACCAGGAUCUCCCAGAGCGUCGUGACGGUGGAAGACUUUGAGACCAUUGACGCAGGAUAUUACAUUUGCACGGCCCAGAAUCUCCAAGGACAGACCACAGUAGCUACCACUGUUGAGUUUUCCUGACUUGGAAAACGAAGUGCAAUGGACUGACGGGAAGCCCACGUGUGCACACCACCAGCUCGGGCGUCCUUGUGACUCGGGCUUUGCCAGAGGCUGAUGUCCAGCGCCAAACCCCAGUCCCUGCCUCGUGAGUAAGACCCAGACAUCCAAACACACAGGAAGUCGCCCGGUCUAAUAAUAGACGUGUUAACUCCUCGGACAGAAAGCAUGUCUUCUGAUUGCUUACCUACGUAUAUGCGUUUCUGGUUUUUAUACUUAGAGAGCAUAUAUGUGAACAACUCUAUAUAAUCAUCUCUAUUAAAUGAUCAAGUUUUUGUAAAAUAAAUUUAAAACUGGCCUAA